AUUUCCAUCCACGUCGAAACCACAACCAAACCAAGCCAAAGCAAGAGGAGAAAGCGAUCGGUGGAUGAGCGUGAGGUACAUGAUGAGCCGGGUGGGCGCGAGGGCGGCGCAGGCCGUGCGGGACGCCGUCGGCAGGUCCGCCGGCAAGGCCGACAGGGCGCAGGCGCAGCAGCAGUCCAUGGCCAGGGCCGGCAGGGCGCCGGCGGAGUCGGCGCGGGCGAAGGCGCCGCUGGCCAGGAAGGCGGCCGAGGAGCAGCGGAGGCGGGCGGCGGCCCAGGAGGAGUCGCUCCGCACCGUCAUGUUCCUCUCCAUGUGGGGCCCCAACGCCUAGCACCGCAUGGAUUAGUACUACUGAUUAUAGUAAUUAGCAGCGACUCGCCAAAAAAUAUAUAAUUAGCAGUGUGCGUGCUCAUGGUUCACGUGCCGUGUGGCCAAGUAACCCUUGUAAGUUUCUGCAAAUCUGUGCGUAAUGUAAAGUGUACUGUAAAAAAAAUCGAUCUCGAAGAAGAAAUACUAUAAAAUGGCAUAGGGUUACACUGA